AACUCGACGCGCCUCGCCCUGCUGCGUCUCGCGUGGUAGUAUUAGGUCUUGUGGCCGGAAGAGGACAUUUUCGAUCUCGUGCACCUGCAUGAUCUGCUCUCCUGCAAUUGGCGUGGAGCUUCCUGUGGUGAUUUGCAGGCGUCGAUUCGGAGCCGGGAAGCAUUCCGAAACGCAUGACCAUUAGAGAGGUGGCGCGGAUCGGAAGCACUCAGGGCUUUCUCUCCUUCUCGACGGAGUGAGAAGCGAGGGACAGUUUUCACUGCGUGGUCUGGUGAGCAUUAUCAGCGUCAGCACACGCGUAAAGACCACCACAGGCAAAUCUGAAAUUUUACAGGAUUCAGGAUUUUCGGGACAUGACAAGGAGCCCUCGAUUCAUAAGAGUAUUGGCUGGAAGGCGGACUGACUGACACCGAGGACGACGUUCCGUAUUCUAUGCUAUUCACUUUAGAGUUCAGUUUUCGUUCCACCUUUUACAGGGCUCGGGGAGGGAGAAGAGGAGGAGCUAGAUGAAGAGAGCCGCCUCGCAUCACUACGACGAGGGUCAGAUGUAGAUUUUUGGCACUGCGAAGUUCGACGUCUCCUCAGGAGUUUCGUGGUUUUCUAAUCGCAAUAGUGAGAGCUGAAGAGAACGUUGCUACCAUGUCCGAAUUUAUUUUGGAAAGUUCUAAGAACGCUGGAGACGAAGUAUUAGAGAAAUGGAGGGCAUCCACGUUCACGAUCAAUGCGGCUCGCAGAUUUCGUUACACCCUUGAUCUGAACAAGAAGAAGCAAAACGACCAGGUGUGUGAGAAAAAGAAAUUCAAAGUAGGAGGCUUAGCUGCGAAAGCUGCAUUUCGAUUUAUUGAAGGUCGGAUUACUCCGGAGAAUUUUACCUUGUAUCGGGAGAAAGCCGAAAAGAAUGGAUUCGACGUCGAUGCUGCUACUCUUGCAACGAUGGUGGAGAAGAACGACAAAGAUACUUUGAUCCGUCUUGGACGUAUUCAUGGACUCGCAGCCAAGCUGCAGGUGACUGAGAAGCGAGGCGUAAGCGAAGAUGAGACUGACAUUCAGAGGAGGAAGGAAGUUUUUGGACCAAACACGUAUCCGGAAAAACCUCCGAAGGGAUUUUUUGUUUUUGUGUGGGAGGCGAUGCAAGAUCUUACGUUGAUGAUAUUGGCAGUUUGUGCUCUUGUCUCUCUUGCUGUGGGUAUCCCAACUGAAGGACUUCAAGAAGGAUGGUAUGAUGGGGCCGGCAUUGGCUUCAGUAUCAUCCUGGUUGUGCUUGUCACUGCUGCUAGUGAUUAUCAGCAGUCUCUUCAGUUUCGAGAUCUGGACGCUGAGAAGAAGAAAAUCUUCAUUCAAGUAACUCGGAGCGGAUGUAGGAAAGAAGUGUCUAUUUACGACCUCGUCGUUGGAGACAUUGUCCAUCUGAGUAUCGGCAACCAGGUUCCAGCAGAUGGCGUGCUUAUCAGAGGGUACGAGCUUACAAUUGAUGAGUCGAGUAUGACUGGCGAGAGUCUUCCUAGGCACAAGAGUGUCGAUCGCGAUCCAUUUCUUCUCUCUGGAACGAAAGUGCAGGAUGGCUCUGGAGUGAUAUUAGUGACCUCCGUUGGCAUGAACACUGAAUGGGGCCAUUUGAUGUCCACACUUUCGGAAGCUGGUGAUACCGAGACACCUUUGCAAGUCAAGCUAAAUGGUCUGGCAACUUUCAUUGGAAAGCUCGGGCUGCUGGCAGCAAUCCUUACUUUCCUUGUCCUUAUGAUAAGGUUUCUCGUCAAUAAGCAAAUGAGAGAAGGUCUCUUGCACUGGGGUGGCAAUGAUGCAGUUGCCAUUGUUAACUACUUUGCCAUAGCCGUGACGAUCAUUGUGGUAGCCGUCCCGGAAGGGCUUCCUCUUGCUGUGACUCUCACGCUUGCGUUCGCAAUGAAGAAGAUGAUCCACGACAAAGCUUUGGUCCGCCACCUGGCGGCUUGUGAAACUAUGGGCUCCGCCACAACAAUCUGCAGUGACAAGACUGGAACUUUGACCACCAAUAAGAUGGUGGUCACGAAGGCGUGGAUUGCCGGGGAAGUCGGUGAAGUUAGCAAACUGAAGUCGGGGAUCUCACCUCGAGUUCGGGAAAUCCUCAUUGAAAGUAUAUUUAUGAACACGAGUGGUGAUGUCGGCGAGCCAUCUAAGGAUGGGAAGUGUCCCCUCAUUGGCACACCAACAGAAACUGCUGUUCUUGACCUUGGAGUGAAUCUUGGUGGACAAUUCCAAGAAGUGCGUGCCAGGUCAGAAAUUGUGAAGGUGAAUCCCUUCAACUCCGAGAGGAAGAGAAUGGGAGUUCUUGUGCGAUGUGCACAGGGUGAACAACGAGCACACUGGAAGGGUGCUUCUGAAAUCGUGCUAGGCAUGUGUGACCGAACCGCGGAUAAGGAUGGAAACGUCGUUCCUCUAGACGACGACACACGCCGAGAGCUUAUUGGCGUUAUAGGAAUGUUUGCUGACCAGGCACUCAGGACUCUGUGUCUUGGAUAUAAGGUCGUGGAAUCUCAUUCUGCUUCAGAAAUCCCCGAAUCCCAUUUCGUUUGCAUUGCGAUUGUGGGAAUUAAAGAUCCAGUACGCCCUGGGGUUCCAGAAGCCGUUAAAUUGUGCUUUGCAGCAGGAAUUAAAGUUAGGAUGGUCACAGGAGAUAAUAUCGAUACCGCGAAGGCCAUAGCACGUGAGUGUGGUAUUCUUACUGAUGGAAUCGCAGUAGAGGGCCCUGACUUCCGUACGUGGAACGAUGAGCAGAUGAAAGAGCGCAUUCCUAAACUUCAGGUCAUGGCCAGAUCAUCGCCUAGGGAUAAAAACACUCUGGUCAAGUGGCUUCGAUCUAUGGAUGAGGUUGUUGCUGUGACCGGCGACGGAACAAAUGACGCGCCGGCCUUGAAGGAAGCGGACAUCGGAAUGGCUAUGGGGAUUGCCGGCACGGAGGUGGCUAAGGAGAGCGCAGAUAUCAUUAUUAUGGACGACAACUUUAAUACAAUUGUGGUUGUGGGUAAAUGGGGUCGUGCUGUGUAUACCAACAUCCAAAAAUUUGUCCAGUUUCAGCUCACCGUGAAUCUUGUUGCCCUGGUCAUCAACUUUACUUCUGCUUGCUUUACUGGAGAAGCUCCACUCACUGCUGUGCAGCUUUUGUGGGUUAAUUUGAUCAUGGAUACCCUUGGUGCAUUGGCACUAGCAACUGAACCUCCGCAUGAUGAUCUGAUGAAGAAAGCGCCUACAGGGCGUAAGUCAAACUUCAUCACCAACAUAAUGUGGCGUAAUAUCAUCGGGCAGGUUGUCUAUCAGCUUGUUGUGCUUACCAUCUUGCAGUACUAUGGAAUCCAGUUGCUCCAACUACCGGGUGAAGGAGAAGAGCAACAACUGUUACUCACUACGAUGAUAUUCAAUUCGUUCGUCUUCUGCCAGGUCUUCAACGAAAUGAAUGCAAGAGAGAUGGAGAAAAUUAACAUAUUUGCGCAUACUUUCGACAACUGGGUCUUCCUGCUCAUCAUCGGUUUCACCGUUGGUUUUCAAUGGAUACUAGUGACUUUCUUGGGCAAGUUUGCGCAUACAGUUCCUCUGACCUUACAACAGUGGGGAGUUUCAGUCGGAAUUGGUGCUGUAAGUUUAAUCAUUGCCGUAGUCAUCAAAUGCAUCCCUGUUCCUUCCAAGCCCUUCUUUGGUUCUAACUAUACCCCACAGCCCAAUGCCAAUGGUUACCAGCCACUACCUAGUGGUCCUGAUCAUAUCUGAUUUUCCCAGCCUCCGCCACCCUAGAACUGGAAUGGACCUUGUCAAAUCUGCUAGAAUGGACCAACGGUGAGCAGAUUUGACCCUUCCAGCCAACUAGAGUUUGUCACCGGCGACUUGCGGGAGAAAUUUGCAAACAUCUCUUUGUCUACGCGUAAGGUAACUACUUCACGCUCGAUGGUACGCAAUUUCUGUGGGGCAUAUUUUCACGUCCAAGUUAACUGUUCGUACAGAAGUACGAACAGAUAUUCAACUUGAUAGAUGAGAACAAAUAUUCAACUUCGUUUCUCCUAGAGGGCUUGAGAAGUAUGGGAAACUCUUGUCUUGGAUCUCCUUAUUAUCUUCCUUCCUAGUGGGAGAAUCGAAGUCGCGCAUGUGUUGUCAACUUGGAUGGGAAUUUUCAGUGGUUUUCGUGAUGCUCGUCCUGGUUUAAAGAUCGAAUCAGCUUCAGGAACAUCAGCUUUAUACCGCACAAGGGGAUGAAGGCUGCGUCGAUUAGUCUCCAUUCGUAUUGUGGGAGAGGUCUUUUUAGAAGGGGUGGAAAUAACCUGGUUUGGUACACCAGGUUAUUUCCAUAUCAGAUUUUGUGGAUUCGCCGCAGGAGGAAGGAGUGCACAGAACCUGUCCCAGCUUGAAGUAAGGGUUUACUCCAGCUUGAAGGAAGGAAGCUUCCAUGAGAAGUUCCAAUUUGACGACAUUUGAAAGUAUCAUCCAGAGUAUCCAAUCGUUAGAUUUGGGAAAUUUUGCAGUGAGGUAUGUGAAAUACUAAACUUCAACUAGGACGAAAGUCGUGUACGAUAUCAGACAAUCGAAAUAACUUCACUUCAACUUUCCAAGUAGCAAUAGUAGCAAUAGUUACCCAUUUAGAUCCUCGUGCUGGAGGUGUUCAUCUUCAACCCUAAAGCGUGAAGGCUAGAUAGGUGUCGGAGAAAAGUGGCAGGAAACGAUGAAUUGUCGGCCUGGUAGAUCGAUCUGUCAAUGCGCUGAUAUAUACUUUCCAACAUCUGGCUUUUCUUUAUGUGCAAAAUCCUAGUUUUCAAUGUGCAAAAUCAAUGACAAACGUUAUUU